UGUGUGUGCGUUUCCGGGGGAACUUUCUUACUUGCUGAACAUGAAGUACGUAUUCGUUGUGUGCGCCAUUCUGGCUGGCAUUUUUGUCGUUAUCUCUGCUGACGCGGGACGCUCGGCCUGCAAGGAUGAGUCCGAAGUGGGACAAACCUACACUCAUCACUUUGAUCCGGCUAAGUAUUGGCUCUGCGAGAAAUUGGGCGAAGCGGCCACCGAAGUGGACUGCCCCAAUGGCAUGGCCUAUAUGCAUCUACUCAAGGAGUGCAUACCCUGGGCCAGUUAUAUCUGGAAGAAGCCUGAGAUGCCUCCAACAGUGGCCUAAAUAAAUCAAAUGUUGACAACA